ACGACCCUGUAGGUCGAAUAGACAGGAGGCAGAAAAAUGGCGGAUGACAAGGGAGGUAGCAGAGGGAAUUCCUGUUCUAAUAAAUUAUGGAAAGCGUCGGCUAGGGGAAGGAUGUUUGUUUUUAUUUGCAUACUCUUGGUUGAGUCUGGACAAUCCACCACUCACUGGGUCGUUACAGAAGACGGAAAGAUUCAACAGCAGGUGGAUUCUCCGCUGAACUUAAAACAUCCACACCAUCUAGUCCUUUUCAUGCAACAAGAAACUCGAGUGAACUACCUCAAAAAAUUAGAGAAGCAACUUGUUGCUCAGAAAAUUCACAUAGAGGAGAAUGAAGACAGGGACACUGGCUUAGAACAACGUCACUAUAAAGAGGAUGCUGAUUGUGUCACUGCUAAAGUCCCACUUGGGGACCUGGACCUCUAUGAUGGCACCUUCAUAUCCCUAGAGAGCAAAGGCAUAAUUCCUGAAGAUUAUGUGGAUUACAUGUUACCUCUACCUCCAGACCUGGAAAAACCUGACUGUGCAGAAAUUCUUGAGCUCCAUUACAGCAUUCAUGCUUUCCAGCACUUAAGGGGUGUGCAAGAGAGUAUAAACCUUACAUCACCUUUGCUCUCGAAGGAUGACCCCAUCUUUGCUUCUGUAUCCCAUAAACUUGGUCAGCGCAUGGAUGAGAUUGGCCACAGAAUACGCCAAGGCCUCCUGAGGAAUUCCUCCUCUUGGGUGCUUUAUAACCUGGCCUCUUUCUACUGGCGUAUGAAGAACGAGCCCAAGAGGGCUGUGGACUGCGUGAUCCGUGCGCUGCACUUCUCUCCGAGGCAGCACAAGGAUGUAGCCCUGGUCAACAUGGCGAAUAUACUACACCGUGCACACUUUUCAGCAGAUGCUGCUAUUUUGGCACAUGCUGCCCUGGAUCUUACUACCGAUCUGCUUACUAGCCACUACACCCUUGGCAACAUUUAUGCCAUGUUGGGGGAGUAUAAUCACUCAGUGCUCUGCUAUGAGCAGGCACUGCAGGCCCAGCCGGCCUUUGAGCAGGCAUUGAGGAGGAAGCACGCUGUUCUCUGUCAGCAGAAGCUGGAGCAGCGACUGGAGGCUCAGCACCGGUCUCUGCAGCGCACCCUGAAUGAGUUGAAAGAGUACCAGAAGCAACAUGACCACUACCUGCGGCAGCAGAGCAUGCUGGACAAGCACAAGCUGAUGCAGGAGGAGCAGAUAUUGCGAAACAUCAUCCACGAGACGCAGAUGGCCAAGGAGGCGCAGCUGGGUAACCACCAGAUGUGUCAUUUGGGUCACCAGCAGUAUAGCCUGUUCUGCCCGUUCGACUUGCCUGUGCGUUAUCACCGUGGAGAAUUGUUUGAGAAUGUGCACCAUAUCCAGUUUGGAGAGGAGGUGUCCAUAGCUAGCGGCGUGUCUCUGGUAUCAGAGCUGAGUAUGAACGAGAGCCGAAGCCCCGAGCCCUACUCCUCUGUGUCUGGUGGGGAGGAACCAGCAGCACACUGGGCCCGGGAGUCCUCCUCCUCCCCCUCUAGCGCUGAGACUCACAGUGUGCUGUGGCCGAGGAGAUCAGACUGUGCCCAGCUCUACCCCUCCAUCCCCCCAGCUCACCUGCUGCCUACCUUCUUCCUCCCUCCAGAGAGCCUUGGCUUUGGGGCUCAGAGUACCCUGUAUGCGAACAGGACCCCGCCAGAAUCAACAGAGCCCCCAGACUGCAGUUCUAAAGUUCAGUUCUCGGAUAGUAACCAUCUGGGCUCUGUGGCCUGGGCACUGGAGGGGAAAGAUCUCCCUGACCAGCAUGCCGCUCAGGUACUGCUAAGACGUAGUGGUGGGUGGAGUCUGGAGCAAACUGGUGCAAUGAUAGCAUAUGCCAUGGAGAAGGCGAGUGUGCCCCGGUGGCUGCUACAGAAUGAGGCUGGCCUGUUCUGGCGGGCCCGGGGAAACGGCACGCGGGCUCUGCAGUGUUUACGCCAGGCCCUGCACUCAGCGCCCCCCCAGCACAGAGACGUGCCCCUGGUUAAUGCUGCCAAUGUGCUUCUCCACCACGGCCUCCACCAUGAGGCCCAGGACUUACUGCAGCGGGCUCUGGAGCUCAACGCCUCAGAGCCUCACACUCUGCUGAGCGUGGUGAGUGUGCGGCUUGCCCAGGGCAAUGUGAGCGGUGCCCUGGCACUGUUCCGCCACGCGCUGUCCCUGAGUGCCAGCUGUACCCAGUGCCACGCCAGCCUGCCUCUAUUGCGCUGCCUGCAGUUCUACCCCUUCCUCUACAACCUCCAGCGGCAGCCCUGCCAGUACAGCUCAGCCUGUGAGGGAGAGGGGGACGUCGAGCUGGAGGACUGGGACUCCAGCACUGAUGGAAACGGGCAGGAAACAGGGAGCAGUGAUGCCAUGCAUGGCUCUGCCCCAGAGAACUCACUCCUGUUUGAGAAAGUAGUGGUGGACAGUAAUGGCUCGGGCGAGGUAGGUCAGCAGGAGCGAGCGGGUGAGGAUAAGAAAGGGCUGGGGGCAGAGGAGGAGGACGAUGACUGGAAGCUGCGCGAGGAGUUGAUUGGGGCAUUCGAGGGUGCCCUGGACGUGAGUGGCAAGCGGGGAGACCUCCGUGGGAUCCGCGUACUCAAGAACGACCGGGUUAUGGGGGCGAGGGGAGGCGGGUCCUGCUUCGGCAACUGCGAGGAUGAUGAUGGGGCAGAAUGGAUCACAUUCCAGGUGAAACGAAUGAGAAAGCCCAAAGCGGAGUCUCUGGAGGGCUGGGCAGGAGAGGAGGAGUUCCACCAGAGUGAGUCUUUGCCAGGACACUCCAUUCUGGAGAUCAGCGGACCCACCAUCCCAUCCCCUGGCCCAGCAGGGAGAAGGAGGGACUUUAACAGUCUGGGCUGGCCAGGCCCAGAGGAGUGUCAGCGAACACGAAGGGUAGACCUUACCACUGUGGCCAGUACCUGGCUUGCUGUGUCUGCCAAGAACAUAGACAUUACAGAACAUAUAGACUUUGCCACCCCGCUCCAGGAGCCAGAAGCUGAGCCAGUGUGCAGUGCUAACCUGCCUGCAAGCAUGCAUACACUUGACCACCUGGGAGGUGUGGCCAACCGCGGGAGCAUCCACUAUACAGGGGAGAGCCAGCUCAGAGAGGUGCUGCAGAACCUGGGAAAAGAUAAGUUCUCGCAGCAGUCUUUUGAACAAGUAGGCACCCGCAUUGCCAAGGUCUUGGAAAAGAACCAGACUUCGUGGGUUUUGUCUAGCAUGGCAGCACUGUAUUGGAGGGUGAAGGGACAGGGGAAGAAGGCCAUCGACUGCCUGCGACAGGCUUUAACCUAUGCCCCUCAUCACAUGAAGGACGUGCCCCUGAUCAGCCUGGCCAACAUCUUCCAGAAUGCCCGUCUGUGGGAGGACGCACUGACCGUGGCCCGCAUGGCUGUGGAGAUCGCUCCCCACUUUGUCGUCAACCAUUUCACCCUUGCCAACGUUUACAUUGCCAUGGAGGAGUUUGAGAAGGCCAUGCGCUGGUAUGAGUCCACACUAAAGCUUCAGCCAGAGUUUGCGCCAGCCAAAGACCGCCUUCGCACCAUCCAGUGCUACCUGCUCACCAAGAAGGACAGACGAGCUCCAUAAAGACACUGGGGGCUGGGCAGAGGGCAAGAACGGCACUGCGCUCACGCACGCGCGAGUGCACGCGCACACACGUACAUGGGUGGCUUCAUUUAAAAAAAAAAAAACCCAAAAAAACCCCCCAGAAAGGAACUAUUUGUUUUUCAGUCUUCAUCUUUUGCCAUAAAUAUGACAUUUCAUGAUGGAGAGAUUCUGCUUAAAAUGUGUAAAUCUUCUUUUUCAGUGCUAAAGGUUGUAUUAAUUACUGGACAUUUAAAAAAAGAAAAAAAGAAAAGAUUUUAUGAUUUCAGGGUUUUAGGUACGGUUCAUUGUCCCAUCACACAACACUGUUGAUAUUUUGUUAAGGAGACCUGAUCAGAGACUAAAAAUUCCAAUUUUAAAGUUUUGGGCACUAGCUGCUUACUAACCAUGCCCACCUUUUACUCUGCUGCAACACAAUCAGUAUUGGGUUCUAAUUUAUGAAUCCAGAAUUGAUUUGCUGUGAGGCAGAUGCAUCUGUUCGGUUAACAGAACCGAAAAAAGAACAAUGUUUUUGUGUAAUUCACAGGCAGCAUUAUUAUACUACUAUUACCAUCAAGAUGGAAGCAUAGAACAGAUUUAUGGUCAAUAUUUAUCAAUAAUGGGGAGACAAAUUAUGUUAAGAUUUGGUUUGAGAAACAGCUGUUCUAUCCUUCAAUGAUAUAAAAAAUUAGACAUAGUACCCCGAUUGCAAAUUCAAAUAAUUUUCCUAAGUUUAUAUGCAUUCAUUUAGAAAAGGCCAGUUUAGCCUUAUGUCACCAUUCAGGCUCUGAUUUCAGCUGACAUGGAAUGCAAAGUAUUUCAUGAAAAAGCAAAGACAGAGCAAGUAAAUGCAUAAUCACAUUUUGUUAAUAUCAACAGCUUUGAUAGAGGUUCAUUUAACCUUGUUCUGCUCAUGAAAACAAGUUGCCCUUUACCUCACUUUGGACCAUAUUAAUAAAAGGGACUGAAUAGUUCUGAACUGUUCACGAAGACUUCAGAUGUUAAGGCAGCGUAUAGGUAGCCUGCACAGGAUGUUCUCUAGCAUGGUGAAUGUAUGUGAAAACGCAAUGCAUAUAACUUUUCUGUUGCCUCAAAACCUAAAACAUCGCAAUAUCUCAUUUAAAAUGUGAUGUGUUUUUUAAAAGUAGACAAUAACAUUGGCGUAACCUGACAUUUCAGUGUAUCUCUUGCAUUUAGGAUUUCAAAAAGAUAUUGUGUUUGUGUGGGUGAAUAUGGAUGCAGAUUGGUACAGCUACAGACAUGAGCCUUCACUGUGAUGGUUUAUAAUUGCAUUGUAUUUAUUUAUUUUUUUUUAAAAAAGAAUUUGUUCUUGAAAUACAUAAUUCCAUAAUAUUACACACAUCAAUGUAAAAUGUAAUACAGCUUUCCAUUACUACUUUUCAUAAAAGUCUUAUUUAAUAAGUAAACAUCACCAAUGAUGAAAGUAAAUAUAAUUUUAUUAUAAGGAGUUUAAGGUGAGUACAGAGCAGUGUAAUUUUAAAUCAAAACUUUUUUCCUGAGAUUAAGGUGGAAGAUGAACGAUUAUCCUUCUGGCUGGGCAAACACUGAUAAAAAGGAAUAAAAAUAUCUUUA